AUGUUUAUGUUUGAAGGUGGAAAAUUAAGCUCAAUUUUUAAUAAAGACUUGGUGAUGAAAUGGAGUGAAAAACUAGAAAACUCCCGGUUUUUCACUCGACAACAGGUUCUCUAUUUAAUCUGGAAAGAUAGUUUCUGGCGGCUUUUGAUUACGUGUAAAGAUCAUGAAAAUUGUAUGAUGGAUAGUAGUGUAAAUAUAAAAUCAAAUGGGUCUAUUGAAAUAGGCGUAUCCUCUCAAAGUGUUGAUACAACCGGUCCUCGACUUGAAGUAUCACAGUCUGUGUAUAUAUGCGAGACAUAUAUAGUUGAACGCAUUAAAUAA